AAGAGAAUAUGAAUGAAGCAAGUGCUGCAAAUCUAAACUUGCUGGAAAGUAUUGAACUUCUCAAGGAAGAUCUCAAGAAUGAUUUCUUAAAAGCCCGUGCAGACUCGUCUUAGCUUCGCUUCCCCAUGAGUGAUGGACCGCUCUUCAUGACUCUUCUACUCACAAACUUAAAAGACUUUGUCAAUUCCAAUGCUUCUUCAGUUGCUUUGAUAAAAAAAGAAAUUAAGCAGGUGAAAGAAGACCUGGAAAUCAUAAGAUCGUUCUUCGGGUAUGUUGAGCAAGAGUUGCAUAGAGAUCUUUGGACUCGUGUUCUAGAUGUGGCAUAUGAGGCGGAACAUGCCAUUCAUUCAAUUCUUGCCCGAGAUCAUGGUCUAUUACAGCUCAUCUUCAUGCUUCCUGAUACCAUAGAAAAGAUCAAGCUUGUCAAAAAAGAGGUACAAGAGAAGAUCCCCAAGAGCAGCAGUAUUAUUGUUGCAAACGCUCCCAACAAGCUGGUUGAAAGAAACUCAUCGAGUACAGUUGGUAAAAUAAUUGUAGGUUUUGAGGAGGAGACAGAGUGGAUAAUUAGGAAGCUCACCAGCGGACCAGCUGAGAUAGAUGUCAUUUCCAUAGUCGGCAUGCCAGGGCUUGGAAAAACUACUUUGGCAUACAGAGUGUAUAAUGAUAAGUCCAUUGUUGAUCAUUUCGACGUUUGUGCUUGGUGCACAGUCGACCAGGAAAGUAAUGAGAAAAAGUUGUUGCAGAAAAUUUUCAAUCAAGUUAUUUGUUUGAAAGAAAAAUUCAGUGAGGAUGACAUAGAUGAUGACGUUGCUGAUAAGCUGCGGAAACAAUUAUUUGGAAAAAGGUACCUUAUUGUCUUGGAUGACAUGUGGGAUACUGAAACAUUCGAUGAGCUAACAAGACCUUUUCCUGAAUUACAGAAAGGAAGCAGAGUUAUUCUAACAAGUCGGAAAAAGGAAGUUGCUUUGCAUGGAAAAUGCCACAGUGAUCCUCUUUAUCUUCGAUUGCUAAGAUCAGAAGAAAGUUGGGAGUUAUUAGAGAAAAGGGUAUUCGGAGAAGAACGUUACCCUUAUGACCUAAUGGAUGUUGGAGAAAAGAUAGCUCGAAAGUGUGAUGGGCUUCCUUUAGUACUUGAUCUAAUCGGUGGAGUCAUUUCAAAGAAGGAAAAGAGAGAGGCUUUGUGGCUUGAAGUUCUCGAUAAUUUGAGUUCCUUUAUUUUUAAGGAUGAAGAGGAAGUGGUGAAGGUUAUACAAUUAAGUUAUGACCAUUUGUCAGAUCACGUAAAGCCGUGUUUGGUUUACCUUGCAAGUUAUCCAAAGGACAAAGAUAUAAUGAUCUCUGAGUUGAAAGAUUUAUGGAUUGCUCAAGGACUUGAGAUGAAAAAUGCAGAAGAAGUAGUGGAUGUGUUAAUUUCGAGUAGCUUGGUAAUACCUUUCGAUAAUUCCAUUUUCAAAAUUCAUGAUAUUGUGCAUGACUUUUGUUAUAUAAAAUCUAGAAAGGAAAAGUUGUUUCACUUCAUAGGAGGUUCAAACACUCCGUCUUCUUCUUCAAAUCUGAUUCCACGUGGAAUUACCAUUCAUUAUAAUGAAGGUCUCUUUCAUUUGGAUAGAAAUUUUGUGGUGUUUAAUCUAGAAAAGAAGAAUCCUUAUGUUAAACAGCUCCUCUCUCUGAAGGUGUGUGAUGGGGUUAAGGAUUGUCUUUCCUACAACAGUCACCUAAAACACUUAAGGCUUCUUAAAAGUUUGGAUUUGAAGGGCAUAACAUUGACAGAUUCUUUGCUAAAUGAAAUCGGUAUGCUCAUUCAUUUGAAGUACUUAAUCAUUCAGACAGAGGCUAUCACUCUCCCACCGUCAUUUUCAAACCUCUGCAAUCUAGAAACUCUGGUGGUGGAUCACUCGGAGGGAUCAUACAUAUUACUAUCGCCUUGUUUUUGGAGUCUUGCAAAGCUACGAGAUGUACGGAUGAAUGGGGGUGCUCUCUUUGAUCCGGACAUCACUGUGUUAGAUGAGGAUUUAAGGUUAGAAAAUUUGAGAACAUUAGAUGAGCUCUACCUUCCCGGUUUAGAAGACACGGAGGAUAUUAUUUUCAAAAGGUUUACUAAUCUUCAAAACCUUAGAGUCUGUAUCGGAGGACUAGAAGAUUGUUCAGCAGAGAAGAUUUGUUUUCCAAGAUUGGAUGUCCUUAACGAACUUGAACAACUCUGUUUAUAUUCUUUUUGGGAUUCCUACGAUGAAUAUACACACGGCUUCCCUUCGAGCUUGAAGAAAAUGAAGUUGCUAGGGCUUGCUCUGACAUACGAUACACUUUCAAGAAUUGCUAGACUACCCAACCUUCAAGAACUAAUUCUAAAAUACACAAUCAUCAAUGAGGGGAAAGAAUGGAACAUGGAAGAUCUCACCUUCCAGAAACUCAAAUAUCUAAAUUUGCAUAGAGUAGAAUUUUCUGAAUGGCAGGUUGAUGCAGAGAAAUCCUUUCCCGUGCUCGAGAAACUAGACAUACGUGAAUGUUAUAAGCUUAUGGAGAUCCCAGACAGUUUUGGAGAUAUUGCGUCAUUAGAGCUUAUCAAAGUAUGGCACAGCCCUCAGCUUAAAGUGUCGAUCUUCAAUAUUAAGGAAUAUGUUGAAGAAAUGACUGGAGAAGACAAGCUUGAGGUAUUCUUCUUUGGUUGAG